AUUAGAUUAUAGCGAGAGAUAAAACCAUAGAGUUUCCCAUUCAUCUUUAAAAAAAAAAUAAAAAAUCAUUUUCGCUCGAGGAUCGAUUUCUAUGAUCUUCAAUGUAGCGCAUCUGAUCGAGAACGCAGAUAAUGAAGCAGAAGUAUCGCACUAUUAUAAGCUUCUUAGAAAAAUGCGGAACAAUGAAGGAGUUAAAACAAGUACAUGGACUGAUGAUUGUCACUUCAAUCAUCAAGAAAAUUAUCCCCUGCAGCAGAAUCAUUGAUUUCUGUGCAGAUUCCGAGCUGGGUGACAUCGACUAUGCGAGAUCAGUUUUCGAUCGAAUCGAUCAGCCCAGUGUCUACAUCUGGAACUCGAUGAUCAAAGGGUACUGCAAUGGCGGCGACAAAUUUGAAGCUCUGUUUAUGUAUGAAGAAAUGCAGAGGAAAGGCUUCUCUCCGGAUCAUUUCACCUUCCCUUUUGUUCUGAAAGUGUGCACCGUAAUCGGUCUUUUUGAAUAUGGGCAAAGCGUUCACAAUCGAAUUCUGAAAACUGGGUUUGAAUUAGAUGCGUAUACUUCUUCUUGUUUGCUCAAUAUGUACGUUUCUUGUGGAGAUUUGAGUUCGGGGUUGAAGGUGUUUGAGAUUAUUCCCAAGUGGAAUGUGGUCGCUUGGACUUCACUAAUUUCUGGGUUUGUUAACAAUAAUCGGGCCAGAGAAGCUUUAAAAUUGUUCGAGGAUAUGGAGAAUGAAGGUGUGGAGCCUAAUGAAAUCACCAUGGCCACUGUCUUGGCUGCAUCCGCUCAUUGCAGGGAUAUAAAUACUGGGAAAUCGGUUCACAAUCGUCUCUGCAAACUUGGUUGUGAUCCAUUUGAUUCGACGUCAAGCUUCAAUGUAAUACUUGCAACUGCGAUCAUAGACAUGUAUGCAAAAUGCGGCAAGUUGGUAACCGCGCGAAACCUGUUUGACAAAAUGCCUCAAAGGAACUUGGUUGCUUGGAAUUCCAUGAUCAGUGGUUAUAGUCAAUAUGGUCGAGGAGCGGAGGCACUAAGCCUUUUCAUUGACAUGGGAGUGGCUAGGUUUGUUCCGGAUAAAGCUACAUUUUUUAGUGUGAUAGGUGCUUGCACCCAUCUGGGGUUUCGGUCGACGGGGCGAAGUCUUCAUGCUCGCAUGUUGAAAACAAGAUUUGGUGAAGAUGUUGCCAUUGGAACAGCUCUUAUGGACAUGUAUGCCAAAGCUGGAGAUGCAGAUACUGCACUAAAGAUCUUCAGUAAGUUGCAGAAGAAGGACGUAAUGGCCUGGACGACGAUGAUAUUAGGCUUAGCAAUACAUGGCAAAGGUGAAGAAGCACUGCAUAUGUUCAGAAGAAUGGAAGCAGAAGCUGCAGUUGCUCCUGACCGAAUCACCUACAUAGGAGUUCUAUGGGCAUGCAGCCAUCUUGGGCUGGUCGAAGAAGGUCAGAAACAGUUCACCUCCAUGACCGAGGCUCACAGAAUUGAGCCAACCAUGGAGCAUUAUGGCUGCAUGAUCGAUCUUUUGAGUCGUGCAGGCCACUUCGAAGAGGCGGAGGAGUUUCUGAGGAAAAUACCAAUGCAACCCAAUGCAACAAUCUGGAGUUCUGUUCUGAAUGGCUGUGAAAUGUAUGGAAAUGUGGGUCUGGCUAACAGAGUGAAAAGCCACAUAGCAGAACUGAAGAAUUCUGGUAGUGGUGUUUAUGUACUUUUGUCAAAUAUUUAUGCCAGAGCCUGUAAAUGGCAGGAAGUGAAGCUGGCUAGAGAAAUGUUGAAGCAUAGAAGAAUUGGAAAAACUCUUGGACACAGUUUUGUUGAAAUAAAAUUGCUGACUUCAUAGCUAAUGCUAGUAUUG